AUGCGGAUCGAAUGCUGGAUCGACGAGUCCUGGGAAGCUGUCCCAGAGGAGCUUGUGAAGAAAGCAUUCGUCACCUGUGGGAUCUCCGCCAAGAUCGAUGGCACUGAAGACCACCUCAUCCUUGCCCACAUGCGGGACAAGGGUGAGGUCGAGGUCGUUGACGACGUCAACGACCUCGUUGACGACGAGCUCGUCGUCAACCCGUUCUAUUCCGAGGCCCCCGUGCCGCCCGAGGAGCUGCAGGCGGCAGAGGAGGAUGACGCCGCUGAGGAGGCGGAGGAGGCAGCGGCGGCGGCAGAAGAGGAGUGGAACGCGCCUGAAGAAGGCGGUGAGGCGGGAGAGUGCAACGAGGUGGAUGAUGAUUGGUGGCGCCUUGGCCGCUAUGACGGAGAAGAGUGUGACGAGUGGCACGCAGGGGACGAUGAGGAGGAGUAG